AUGGAAGACCAAGCGGAGCGACUUGAAAGUCAAGUGAGUUCUCUAGCUAGAGAGAAGGGUGUUCUGGCAAGGGAGUUGGCCAGGUGCCAACGUCAACUAGCUCAUGCCCGGGAUGAUGGUGCUGUUGCUCAUGGCAACUUGCAAUGGGUGUUGGAAAAUGGCGUGGCCAAAGAUGUGGAUGUUGUCCUUUCUUCCCUCGCUGAGACUAAUUUUGCAGGCCACUUUCGUUUGGGGGAGCUGGACUAUGACAACUUCCGCCAAUUAUGUCGUAGGCCGGGUCCGGGAGGUACUUCCUCGGACUCUUGGGGCUAA